AUGAACGUGGAAAUUCACGACGUUUACCCACAAUUUAGCAGCGAGAUGAUCGAGAAGGUCAAACUAGCAACAACUUCUGAUCAAGAGCUAAAGAUGCUCAAAACGAUUGUGCACGAAGGCUGGACAACGUCAAUUAAAGACGUUCCACAAGUUCUCAAACCGUAUUGGUGCUACAGAGACGAAAUUACUAUUGACAAUGGAAUGCUCAUGAAAGGGCAAAGAAUCAUCAUACCAUCAAUCCUUCAAGUUGAAAUUCUUGGAAAACUUCAUGCAAUAACACAUCAAGGUGCAGAGAAAACAAAACUUCGUGCCAGAACAUCCGUUUUUUGGCGAAAGAUGAACGACGAUAUCGACAGAAUAACCAAAUCUUGUCGUACCUGCCAAGAAUUUCAACCAACACAAACCCGACAACCACUCAUCCCAACAGAGAUACCACCUCGCCCUUGGCAUACAAUUGCCACUGAUCUGUUCUAUCUUGAUAACACAGAAUAUUUGCUUGUUUCCGAUUAUUACUCCAAGUACCCAUUUGUGAAGAAAUUCCCAAAAGGGCAGAGCAACAGCAAGACCAUUAUAGCGAUCCUAAAGCAGAUAUUCAGAAAACAGGGAAUCCCGGAAGUCGUUCGUUCUGAUAACGGUCCACAUUAUUCCAGCAAGGACUAUCGCGAAUUUGCUAAUGAAUACGGGUUCCAGAUAGUAACAAGUUCGCCCCACUAUCCCCGAAUGUAA